AACUACUUGAAAUCGAACAAAUUUGAAUUUCUCGAUCUAAUCAUUCUCGGCGUUGAACUGUGUGUAAGGAGUUAGCGAUGUGGUGGCGAGUGAUUUCACUAUCUCCGUUGGUUUCCUCAUCGAAACCAUUCCUUCUCAAUCAGAUGCGAGCAGCGAAUGGACUGAAGACUUGGCAAGCUUUUAGUACCGAAGUUUAUAAACCGGCAGAAGGUAUACUUUCCAAUCCAGGAAGAACCCCAGUCAUAUCAUUUGUCUUGGGAGGUCCUGGAAGUGGAAAAGGUAGUCAGUAUACAAGGAUGGUUGAAACCUUUGGUUUUACCCACUUAAGCGCUGGAGAUUUGUUAAGGAAGGAAAUUUCUUCUAAUAGUGAAAAUGGUGCCAUGAUUCUCAACACAAUCAAGGAAGGAAAAAUUGUUCCUUCAGAAGUGACUGUAAAACUAAUUCUAAAAGCAAUUGAAUCAAGUGAAAAUGAUAGAUUUCUUAUUGAUGGUUUCCCAAGAAGUGAAGAGAACCGUAUGGCAUAUGAAAGAGUGCAGGUUGGCAUUGAACCAGACUUCGUGCUUUUCUUUGAUUGCCCUGAAGAAGAAAUGGUGAAACGAGUGCUGAACCGUAAUCAGGGACGAGUUGAUGACAAUAUAGAUACAGUGAAGGAACGUCUGAAGGUAUUUAAGGCAUUGAAUCUUCCUGUGAUUGAAUACUAUUCUGAGAAAGGCAAACUUUACAAGAUAGAUGCUACUGGAACAGAAGACGAAAUAUUUGAGCGAGUUCGCCCAGCUUUUGCUGCAUGGAGGCUACAAAAGCUAAGCCUGAUUCUUUCCAAGUCUGGUGACCCACGAACUCUCACAAGCCUGCAGACUAAUUAUAAAUGGCACCCUUACAAGACGAAAUGAAAUUUCUGUCAUCAUUUCAUCUUUUUUGCUGGAAGCAACAUGAAGUGCUAUAAUGAGCUUCUUAUAAUGUGUUUAAAAAAUAAAUGUGUAUCUUAAAGCUAUGGAGUAUACGCAUCAAAUGAUUCUGCAGUUUAUGAUGUUUUAUGGUUGAGAGGCUCUUUGUAUCA